UGUUUACCUUGAUAAUAAGGUUCUUUUGUCACAGAUAUCUCUUAAAACAGCAAACUCCAUAAAACAUGUCUAAAACUGAAAUAGAAACUGCGCUGAGAGCUGUAAAAAGUACUGUUUUUUGUCAGACUGCUGAAGAAUCGCAGUUCUAUUAUGACGUUUGGAGCAAGCAUUUUGACAAUGACACAUCCACUCUUGGCUCCUUAAGUAGCAUAAUACUAACAGAAAUGUUUUCUAAACAUAUAACAGAUUUCAAAAACUGCCAAGUACUGGACCUCGGAGGCGGAACUGGAAAGGUUUCAUUCAAUCUUCGAAAUCGCUUUCAUUUUAAAGGAGAAAUAGACAUACUUGAUGCAAACAUGAAUAUGCUAUACGAAGCUUACCAAAAAGACCUUAAUUUCAGAAAUAUUCUCCGUCAUUUUGUUACGGAAACCGGGAAUCUCCCCUUGGCUGACGAAAUGUAUGAUGUCGUUGCUAGUGCGGGAGCGUUUAUACCAAAUCACAUUUCCGUAACUUCUAUUUUUGGAAUAAUCAAGGUUAUCAAACGAGGUGGUUUACUAUUGGUUACAAGAAGAUUGAAAACCACUGAAGAUUACGGCCAACAAUUUGUUGAAAAUGUUGAAAAGUUAUGCUCGGAGAAAAAGUUGAAAUAUGUUGAUCAUAUGGAAUAUGUUCAUUUUACAAAUGUGGAAGAUAAAAUUCCGUCCGGCUGUUUUGUCUAUCAACGAUUGUAAUGGGAAAACUUGUAUUUUAAUUGCUUACCAGAUUAUAUUAGCAUGGGAAAAUAUGGCACACCUUUAGCAUAUAAUAUCCAAACAUCCUAAACGUGUUUUUAACAGCUAACAAAGGUCUACG